AUGCAACAAAUUUUCCUUCGAGCGGUCAAUGUUCAGGUCUACCUGGGCGAUGAUUCACUUGCAACUAACGACCUAAUUUCAGCAAUCAAAGAUGGGACGUUGCUGAACGUGAAGGAUCGGGCUUAUGACGAUCCUAAAUAUCAGAAAUACUACCUUAAGUUUAAGGCAUUUGGAGAACUGGAAUACUGGGGUCGGACAUGGAUCAUUCAGGAGAUCGCCCUAGCCCGCAAUGUGCGCUUUAUCUCUGGAUUAACACGCUUGACACGCUUCACAAUGGAGGAUGUCAAGGUACUGUGUGGGAAAGCCGAGCGCGCUGAGUGGCGAGGUCGCAGUUACGACAGACUCAAGCUUAUAAGCGAUGCUUUCGAUCUACUAUCUUUGGCCACCACUGAAAGCGUGGAGGAGCACGCCAAGCGACUGACGAAGCUACUGCAAAUGAGCCGAAAAUCACGAUGCUCAGAUCCUAGAGAUCGUAUCUACGGACUAUUGGGAAUCAUGACAGCUAUGUUCGGAACAGAUUUCCUGGAAGCCAGUUAUGAACGGACCCUCGUCGAUGUAUACACCGAUUUUACUCGCAGAUUUAUAACCACGACAGGCUCCCUAGUGAUUCUUAACCAGUCGGCACAUAUUUAUAAUUCAAUCACAGCGCUGCCAACAUGGGUUCCAGAUUGGUCAUCGCGGUUUGACCACGAGUCUGCAGUGCAAAGGAUUCCCUACCACGAGAAAUUCCACGCGUCUGGUAAACUCCUCGAAGGCAGAUAUCGACCUAGUCCUGGAUAUACCCUCUCUUCCAAAUUAAACCUUAGCGGCUUCCUCUUUGGGCAUGUGAGGGUGGUUGGCUCACAUUUUGAUUACACCACAGACCAGUACAGAUUAUUGAAAAACUGGGAAAAGUUACACUCAGGAGCCGCAGAGUCCUUCCGCCGCACAGUAACUCUUGACGACUCAAGGUUGGGUCAAACCGAUCUGGAUCAUGCUUAUUUACAAAUAUAUGAUUACAACCGUCUCCCCCUUGACGUCAAUUUGGAUAGACGUUUCUUCGUCAGUGACAGAGGAAUGCCUGGCGUCGGGCCAAUGGACACCCGAGAAGGAGAUCUCCUUGCAAUACUCGCUGGGGGCAAAGUGCCAUAUGUUCUGCGAAAGAGCCCCAACGCCACGACGUCUUCCCCAAAUGAGUUUACUUUUGUCGGUGAGAGCUAUGUUGACGGCGUCAUGUAUGGAGAGCUACUGGACUCGCAUGAUUUUGAAGACAUUGUCCUUGUAUGA